CAGAGCUUCGGCGUCAGGGCAGCGGCGGUGGGCAGCACCAUAUCGGUGUACGCGAUUGCGCGGCUGAUGAUGAACCUGCCAGCUGGCAUGCUGGCCGACCGCUACGGGCGCAAGCCGCUGCUCGUAUGGGGACCCCUCAUCACCGCCUUUGGCAUGAUCGGGUGCGGGAUGUCUGGCACCUUUGGGCAGCUGCUGGCGUGGCGGUGGGUGACAGGGAUCGGCAGUGCAUUACAGAUGGCGGGGGCGCAGCUAUUCCUUACGGAUAUAUCCCUAUCCACCAAUCGCGCGCGCACCCUCGGCACCAACCAGGCGCGAGCGGCGUCGCUGAUGGGGGGCCUUGUGGGCCCGGCGCUGGGGGGUCUCCUGGCCGACUGUGCGGGUCUGCGUGCGCCGUUCACACUGACCGGCGUCGCCGCUCUUUUAGCCGCGCUGUACGGCUGGGUGCGGCUGCCGGAGACCAUGGGCCUGCGCGCUCGCCAGGAGAAGGACGAGGCCGCCAGCCGCGCCGAGCCGGCCGCCGCACGCGCCGCUCAAGCAGAAGCCCUGCAGCUCAAAGAAUUUGCCAUUGUUCAGGCUGAGAGCAGCGGAGCAGAGGAGGCGGCACCAGAGCAGAUGCCUGUGCUGGCAGCGUCCGGGGGACAGAUAGCAGCGGCAAAGGCGGUUGAUGCAGCACGGCCGUCCUGGCUGCUGCUGCUGGAAAGCCGGGACUUUGGCGCCAUCGCGCUCGUGAACGCACUCAUGUUUGCCACGGCUAACGGCAGCCGCUCCGUGCUCAUGCCGCUGCUUGCCACUCAGAGCUUUGCUCUCUCCACGACCGCCCUUGGGUUGCUGUACGCGCUGAUGGCGGUGAUCAGUCUGGUGGGAAUAAUGCCGGCAGCCUUUGUGGCGGACAAGCUGGGCCGCAAAUGGACCAUCGUUCCCUCCUGCUUCGGCCUCGCCGCCGCCCUGCUCCUCAUGGCAGUCACCGGCCGGCAGGAGUUUUUCAUAGGAGCGAUGAUGGUGUAUGCUGUAGCCAACUCGUGCAUCGGCGCGACUCCGGCCGCGUUUGCCGCCGAUGUGAUGCCGCAGUCCGUCUCCGGCUUCGGCCUCGGCAUGUUCCGCUGCGCCGGCGACAUCGGGCUGAUGGUGGGUCCGGCGCUGCUGGGCUGGAUUGCGGACAUGACAUCGGUGCAGACGGCUCUGCAGGUCAACGCUGCCGUGCUAGUUUUGGCCGUCUCCUAUUUUGGCCUGGCAGCGAGAGAGACCAAGCACCUCCGCGUGCAGCAGCACAUGCAGAAGCGCGCUGCCGCUGCCGCGUGA